AUGAUUGAUUAAACAAGUCCCUAAUCAGUUACUACCCAAAAAUUAUGUUUGAGAUUAGGAUACGAUCCCAAUGAUCUCAUCUAUAAGUCUAAUUGCAAAUUCUAUCUUUUUAGAUCCAUUGAGUAGUUCCCAUCGGUCUCGCCAGAAGUCCAAAUGAUGAAAUACAAUCAUUAUAAAAAUAGGAUAAUGAGUAUAAUCUUUGAAUAUAAAAAAAGGGAUCAUUAAUGAAAUAUAGGCAACGAAACAAAGACACAAGUUAGGAGAUCAAUCUCUUAAGUAAAUUUCUUUCAAUCAAUAGGAGAACAAGUUUUAACUCUUUAUUAUUUUAGUUUCUCAAAUCUCAGUGAAGAGAGUGUUAUUAUUGAGGAAAAAAAGGAGAAAAAAAGUUUAUCAAGAUAAAAAAUAUUGCACAAUCUAAUUUAUUAAUAAUUGCAAGAGGAAAAAAGGAAUGUUGAGUAUUUAUAGAAACAAAAUUCAAAAUUGCAUCAUCAUUAAAAUCCAUAAUAAAGAAAAAGUGAAACUAGUUUUACUAAAAAGAAGGAAAGAGAAAGCAAUAAAAAUAAAUCAAGUGAAGAGGUGGAUGAAUUAGAAAAGAGGAAUCAAUACUUUAUUACAUGCGUUGAAAAUGAAUCCAGGAUCCAAGAAUAAUUGUAAGGCAGAUUUUUAAAAAAGAAUUUUAAGCAUGAUAAUUAUACUGAAAGAGCACAUGAGAAAAGGAAAUAAUAGGAGACUUUAUUUCAGUAAACUAUUACUGAAAGAUUGAAUAAAUUGCAAUUAAAAGGUAUGAAUGUUUUAAUCAAGAAACCUAGGCUCAAACAAAGGUGGAAUUAUACAAAAAAGAUAUGAAAAACUAUUUUGCCUUUAAAAAUAGUCAAAUCAUCAAUAAAUAAGAAAAGAGGUCUCAAUUACUUGAAUUUGAGUAAUAACAAUACAUUAAAGAAUAAUAUGAGAAAAUGAAAAAGUUCUAAGAAAACAAAUCCCAAUUGACUCAAGAGGAGAAGAAGAAAUUUAAGGAGAGAAAGGAGAAGUAUUCCAAAAUGCUAAGAAAGUGUUAAGAAAGCAAUUUUGAAUAAUAAAAUGUAUGAAUAUUGUUUAAAUUAGAAACAUUAAGAAGGGUUCAGCAAUACUUAUUAGCAAAUACUUUAAAAACAAGAAUAAGUACUUUUAAAUAAAGAGAGGUUGCUAGAACAGAAAUCUCUUGUGUUGAAAGAUAAAUUAUAAUUGAAUUUCGAAGAUGUUGAGUUUAAUAGAGCUCAUGCUCAGAGGAUUAAAUUAAAUACAUAAGUUAAAACAAAUGGAAAUAAGGAUACGAAGUCACAGAUAUCAAGUCGGACAUCUGAUACUUGGAGAAUGAAAACUUAGUUGACUCAAAAAGAAUAGGAAAAUUCAUUAUGGGAAAAAGCCAAGUAGGCGGCAUCCUUGUUUAAAGAUCCAAUUCAAUAUGAGCAAUAUGUUGAACAAUAAUAAAUGAUUUUGUUAAAAAAAAAAAAGUCGUUAGAUAAAAAGUUUGCUUCGGCUGCUACUAUAAUAAAGGAAAUAUUACCUAAGCAUGAGGCCGAGAAAUUACUUAUGCCAACAGGGUUGAAAAAUUUUAUAGAGCAAUAAAGUCGUAUCAAAACAUAAAAAUGA